AUGGGUUGAUUGGCUUGUUUUGGAAGCCAGGAAAAGCCCUAGAACACACUAGCAUUCUGGAUGAAUCAGUCGUACAGUUGGGAGGGAUGAACAAGAAAAAAAGUGCCAAGAAUUUGGCUGAAGAAAAUAAACCAUCCUUUAAGCUCUUCCCUUUUUCGGGUGAGUGCCAGUCCCGAUUUUCCAGGGACACUCCCAAAAUUGCAAAAGCCAUCCUGGCUUCUGAUUUGACCCUGGAAUGUCCCUAUUUCCCCUGCAAGUGCUAUUGGUGUGUGUUUAAGGGAUUUUCUUAGUAUGGUGGAAUGUGUGUGUGCUAUGUCCCACACAUACAGUGUGAGCCUGUGUGGAGCCAGUGUGGUGUAGUGGUUAAGAGCGGUAGACUCGUAAUCUGGUGAACCGGGUUCGCUUCCCCACUCCUCCACAUGCAGCUGCUUAGGCUAGUCACACUUCUCUGAAGUCUCUCAGCCCCACUCACCUCACAGAGUGUUUGUUGUGGGGGAGGAAGGGAAAGGAGAUUGUGAGCCGCUUUGAGACUCCUUAAAAGGUAAAGGGACCCCUGAACAUUAGGUCCAGUCGUGACCGACUCUGGGGUUGCGGCGCUUAUCUCACUUUAUUGGCCGAGGGAGCCGGCGUACAGCUUCCGGGUCAUGUGGCUAGCAUGACCAAGCCACUUCUGGCGAACCAGAGCAGCGCACGGAAAUGCCGUUUGCCUUCCCGCCGGAGCGGUACCUAUUUAUCUACUUGCACUUGGCCAUUCUUUCGAACUGCUAGGUUGGAGCAGGGACCGAGCAACGGGAGCUCACCCCAUCGCAGGGAUUCGAACCGCCGACCUUCUGAUUGGCAAGUCCUAGGCUCUGUGGUUUAACCCACAGCGCCACCCGCAUCCCUUGAGACUCCUUAGGGUAGUGAUAAAGCGGGAUAUCAAAUCCAAAUUCUUCUAUUGGUGUGGAGGUGGUGGCAGCAGUCGCCCGUCUUCUGAUAGGAACUGCUCGGGGGGCGGGGAAUACGGAGGUCAGUUGGUGGGGAGUCAGAAAUGUCCCCAUUUCCACCUGAGAAAUGUUGGGAGGGCAUGGAGUGCUAGGAAGAAUGGAAAACACAAGACUGUUGAACAUGACGUGCAAAUAUGUUUAUGUGCUGCUGCUUCCUGCACCUAGGGGAGCCAAACAGGUUGCACUCCCCUAGAUCUGCCUUUGUUGGGGGGUAGAGGGCUUUGGGGUGUGUCAGAUAUUGCCCUCAUUUGGGCGAGGGGAGAGGGAAGGAGACCAAACCAAUGGCGGGAGCUGUUUAACAGUUGAACGGACUACUUCAGAAGGAGGUGGGCUCUACUUCUUUGGGGUUUUAUAAACAGAGGUUGGCUAGCCAGAGAUUUCUGAUUGCUGAAUUGUGGUCCCUUGUGGCCCUACAAUUCUAUGAACAGCAAGAAUAUCUCCUACCAGAUCUUAAUUUCUUCAAAGGGUUCCCUCUCCCAUUUCUCAUACCACACCGGUGGCGUAGGGUGGGUUGCCAGUGUCCGGGGCCGUUCUACCCAUCUGAAAAGCUCCUAAUGUUUCUUCCCUUCUCCAAAGAGCUUCUUGGACAAUCAGAAAGGACAGGGUUGUGAGCUGCCUGCCAUUUUACUUACCCACAAUGCCACAGUGGUGCGCUGCUAUGGCACAAUGUGGGCUAUUUAAAAUGGCGGGCUGCUUCCUAGGCCCAAUCCCUACUACCAGUUAAGUCGAUGGCUGAAGAAAUGGAUGGGUGGCAGUGCCAAACUUCUGUGUCAUGUGGACUCUGCCAUGAUACCUGGCCCCAACAGCUGCCCAAGGUUGCUGGCUGCUGAUGUCAGCUGUUUGAUGGGCUUCAUGUUUCUGUACUCCAAAAAGCAAAAGGCUAUAUCACACAUCUCUCUUUUUGUAUCUCAGCCUUCAGAGGAGCUAUCCUGAUCCAAACCUGGUAUCGACGCUAUGUGGCCCGGCUUGAAAUGCGCCGAAGAUGCACAUGGCGCAUAUUUCAGUCCAUAGAGUAUGCGGGAGAGCUGGAUCAUCUCAAGGUAUGAUGGCAAAGGAGGAAGGCAGAGGGGAAAUUCUUCCUUCUGCCUGUUCUAGUUUUGCUGUUGGUAGCGGUAAAAGGAAUUUAGCGCUCAGAAUUAGUCUCCUGAUUCUCAUCUGUCCCCAACACAGCCCAGAAUUUGCUGGAAGUACAACAGCAGGGAGCAUUCGGUUUGGAACCUAAGGGUUAAUUCUGUUCAUAAUUAGUAGGUGGGGUGGGGUGGAGGUGUUGCCUAGCAACCAACCAAGAUGGCAUGAUCCAUGCUGAGGUAACUCGUGCUGAUUGGCUGGUUAGUUCUAAGGGAGUUUUCCUCUUGUACGCAGAACUGAAUAUUUUUCUGAUAUGUUCAAGGCCCAAAGUAAGAGAGACAAAAUCUUUCCCCACUCAAAUUAUAUACUGUUUUGGUUCAGUUGUCCACAGUCAAGUGUUAUAAGGGUUUAUUUUCUCCCUGGUCUCCAUCUGUGUUGCUAACAGAAUUCAGUGAUCCAAAUGCACUCUAAACCCUCUGCCUAAGUACUUUCAUGCAAGCAUAACUCAAUCCAACAGUGCUCUCAUUCAGUCUUUGCUAUCCUCGUUUUGACCUGCAACUCCCAUAUGUAUAUGUAGGCAUGUAUGAGGGCCUUUAUCAGUAAGAGCAUGGUUGAGGACCUUGAAAUAUUGGAUCUUCCUCCAUUAUAGAGCCCUAUCCCCUAAUUCUCUACUUUACGAUCUUUUAAGUGAUAGUGCAAUCUACAAUCUAUCAUUGAUUUGUAGGAGAAAACUGGAUUCGAUAGGGCUCACUCUAAUUGAUUUUGAAACCUCUGAUCCCAAAGACAUAUGGGAAAUUAUCAGGAAGACUCUUACAGAAAAAAGUGUUCUCGCCAUGCUUGAGGCUGCAAAGCACAGCACUUGCUCUCCUAUCCACUUAAAUCUCCCUUUGUGUAGAGAUUUCCAAAAGGGAUACAUGACAAAUCUGAAGAAACAUGAAUCGUGUAGGCUGUUUAUGUUGGCCAGAUUCAACAUGUUUCCCUCGGUGGUAGUGAGAGGAAGAUACUUAGCUAUCCCAGAAUCAGAGCGUCUCUGCAAAUGCAGAAAACAGAAACCCGAUACUCUAGAGCAUAUAUUCUUUUCCUGUGAUUUUGGUAGUUCUGCCAGAAAACAAUUAUUUGAGGCCCUAAAAGUUAAUAGACAGAUUUUUACUCAACCAACUGUUCAGGACCUGCUGGCGGACAGCGAUGAUCAAACCACUAUAAUAGUGGCUGAAUUUUUAAGUGCUGUCCAUGAAGAAAGAAUGGGCCAUGAUAAAGAGACUUAGUGGUUUUUAAUGGUAGGUGAUGUUGCUGUGUUGUUGUAUUAUAUUAUCUAUGUACAUCGAUUUAUUUCUUGGAGUUAAGAAUAGGACUGGGAUAAAUUGUGUUCGCUGAGCCCGUAUUUUAUACAGUCUGUAUAUGAUGUUUGUUUGUUACUGUGUGGUGUGCUAUGCCUAAUAAAGGAUUUAAAAGUAAAGUAUGAGGGACAGAGGGGGCAGAAAACUCCAAACCCAAACAGCCCACUGAGCAUCCUCAGAGUGUGUGCUGGAAGGAGAAGCACUGCACACUCCAAAAUUACAUGGCAUGUGCCAGCUUUGCACAUCCUCUGAAUCACAUGCAGCCCUGUGUGGCACAGUGACCUAGUGUGAGUUGGGGGGCACAGGGUUGAUUGCCCUAGGCACAAAAUCAAUUAGGGGCACAAAAUUUCUUUCCUUUUCUUUUUUUUGAAAUCAAUUUUAUUUGAUUUUUCCAAAUGCAAAUUAGUUACAGUGCCAAAUACAUAUCCAUAAAAUGAGAUUUCUCUGAAUCUCGCAACUUCCCCCCAUCCCCUCCGUGGGUCCUAUUGUCAACAUUUCCAACUGCAUAUUAUUUCAUAGUCUGUGUUUUGUAUCCAUCCAUGUUGUCCUUAAUAUUUGUUACAUUACAAGUGGGAUUAAAAUCCUGCUAAUGUUUUCAUGCCGUGAAUUUCAAUUUCUUAUCUCUGUGGCUGCGUUCUCCUGGGUGACGUGGACACCGACAGGCAGCCGAGUGCGAAUGUGUACUCUGUCUGUUUCUCUCCCUUCCAUCCCAGCCUCUCCACACGGCCCCAGGCUCUGGCAAUCCAUGCUACGUCACUGGUGUGGCAUGAGAAAUGGGAGAGGGAACAGAAUGGGAGGGAGAGGCUAUGGCAGGGGAAGAGAGUACAAAGAUGGCUUAAUGAUAGAAGUUGACAGCAUUCUUCUUGUCUUCCGCAGCUCAACCAUUUCUUUGACUACCUUAUGACCUACUUCACGCCAAGCAACAACAAAGACAGUAAGCUCAAAAAUGGGGAAAUACAGUUUGUAUUAUAUAUUACUCUCUCUCUUGUCAGGGCAACUAAAUUUUGUGACCUUGUAUGCGUUUCGCAAACCGAUCAAAUGUGGAAAUGUUGGUACAGUGUACCUCGGUUCUCAAACAUCUCUGUUGAUGAACGUUUCGGAAUACGAAUGCUGAAAACCUGGAAGUAAGUGCUUCUGUUUCCGAACUCGCCUCGGAAAUUGAACGGCUUCCGCUGCGUGUUUGUCAAUUUUCUCAGUUGAAUUUGCAGACAGCCCUUUGCACCUUGGUUUUCAAACGUUUCAGAACUCGAACAGUCUUCCGGAAAUGAUGAUGUUCAAGAACUUAAGGUACCACUGUACCUACAAAUCCUGGAUAAAUAGCUCUGGAGCAGGGGUCAGCAAACUUUUUCAGCAGGGGGCCAUUCCCCUGUCCCUCAAACCUUGUGGGGGGCUGGACUAUAUUCUGAAGGGGGGGAGAACGAAUUCCUAUGCCCCACAAAUAACCCAGAGACACAUUUUAAAUAAAAGCACACAUUCUACUCAUGUAAAAACACCAGGCAGGCCCCACAAAUAACUCAGAGAUGCACUUUAAAUAAAAGGACACAUUCUACUCAUGUAAAAACAUGCUGAUUCCCAGACCAUCCGCAGGCUGGAUUUAGAAGGCAAUUGGGCCGGAUCCGGCCCCUGGGCCUUAGUUUGCCUACCCAUGCUCUGGAGUGUACAAUCCAGAUUUAUAUUUUGGAAAACUGCACCUUUAAGAACCGUUGGGUUUAACCAAAUUGGACACAAUGUUGAAGAGCAAGUUUUUAUGUCUGUGUUUGGAUACCAUCACAUCAAGAUGGUUGACUGAACCCUUCCAAAUGGCACUGACUUGAACCACGGGCUCUGAUUGGUUGGUUUCUUAGGAUUCUUGAGCCAAUACAAGGCCAACUAACUUGUAGCUAACUGAACAGCACUCAGGUGUGUUAAUUUUCAUGAAGUGCUCACCUCUUUAACUGUCAGCAGGUGGCCUUUAGAAUUGUUUCAUUGCCUUCAGACUAUUCUGAUGCUUUCAAUUGGUGUUGGCAUUUGGUUUGUUUGUUUGUUUGUCUCUAUUAUAAUUGUGUCUUUUUGGCUUUGGCGUGGUUUUAAUUUCUCUGGCUUUUACGCGAUACUCGUAAGAUGCCUUUGAGGCUGCAUGUGAGAAAGGGGUUGGGGAAAAAGGUCAUCUAAGAAACCGAGUUGCUUAUUUUGCAUCAUAGAAUGUUAAGAGUUGGAAGGGACCCACGUUUCCACGUGGAAAUAACUAAAUUAAUGGUUAUUAUUACCCUGAGUAGUACUGAGUUUUAAAAAAAAAGAGGAAUGCAAAUGGGUAAAAUUGAUGGUAAUUACAGCCAGACACGUUAUAGUGAGUAAUUGGAAAAAUGCAGAAGAGCUAGGGGUGAACCAAUGGAGGGAAAAACUGAAUAAUAUUAUAAUAUUAGAAUACCUAACUGUGAAGAUACAUAGAAUGAAAGGGUUUAAGGUCAGUGAGAAAGAGGAGGAUUGGUUUGAGAUGAUAUUGAAUUAUUUGAGUAGGUUUGAACAAUUUGGGGCAAUUAAAAUGUUAAAAGUUAAAUAAACCUUGUGGAAGGAGGAGUGUUACGGUAUAUAGAAGUGUACGUAUGGUUAAUUUGAAUAUGUUAUUAUUGAAUAUUAUUGAAUAUGUAGAUUAUUGAAUAUGUAGAUUAUUGAAUAUUGUAUGCCCAAUGUAUCAGCCGCCUGGGGGGUUUCACUGUUUGUGUUUUGGUGGUUGGUAAAAAUAAAAUAAAAUUAAAAAGAGUUGGAAGGGACCCCACGGGUCAUCUAGUCCAACCCCCUGCAAUGCAGGAAUCUCAGCUAAAACUUAACGCUGCUGCUGCUGCUGGCCAUGUAGAGAAGCAAAGAGCCACAUUCUAGCAGCCAACCGUCUUGGUUUUCAUUCCACCCUAGGAGAUUUCCUUAACCGCAUAUUGUCAGAACCUGAAAUCAUCUUUGACCCCAAGCUCGAAAAACCCAUUGAAACCUUUGAAUCCGUUGUGGUGCCAGACACCUAUGUGGGGCCUCGCCUUUCCUUCCCACUCGUGCCUGAGGAUGCCACUAACUUACUGGAAGCAUACCAACACGAGCAAGUAAGUAUCUUCACAGUAGCCGUCUACUUUUACCUCAGUUUUGGCUUGCAGAAGCUCCUGCUAGGUAAAGAAGGAAACUGAAGGGGAAUUUCUGUAGCUCAGUGAUACACAGCAUUUGUGAGGUCCAGGCUGGGAAGGACUCAUCUCCUUAAAUCCCUGGAGAACCACUGCCAAUCAUUGUAUGCCUGGGAUGAGAAAUUUGUGGUCUGCCAGAUAUUGUUGGACUACAACUUGUUCAUGUUCCUUCUGGGAUCGUUUGUCCACCUUUGGUCCUAUGCUGUAAACGUACUUCUUUACCUUGGCCUUUGACACCUGAGCAGGUGCCGUAACUAACCCUAACUUUGCCUGGCGCAAACCAUAGGUUGCUAUUUGUAUAAACCAGGGGUCAGCAAACUUUUUCAGCGGGGGGCUGGUCCCCUGUCCCUCAGACCUGGUCGGGGGCCGGACUAUAUUUUGGAAAAUAAUAAUAAUAAACGAAUUCCUAUGCCCCACAAAUAACCCAGAGAUGCAUUUUAAAUAAAAGCACACAUUCUACUCAUAUAAAAACACCAGGCAGGCCCAGCAAAUAAUCCAGAGAUGCAUUUUUAAUAAAAGCACACAUUCUACUCAUGUAAAAACACGCUGAUUCCUGGACCGUCCGUGGGCUGGAUUUAGAAGGCGAUGGGGCUGGAUCCGGCCCUGGGGCCUUAGUUUGCCUACCCAUGGUAGAAACAAUAAGCAACCCAACCCCAAAAUGCUUUGCUGAUUUGGCUUCCCAGUAUUUUACACCACAGCCAGUUAGCCGGCAACAGGGCCAUGUGGCUGAUGGCUCUCAGACCCCGGCCUUAGCAAUAGCUGUGGGAAUAAACUGUUCUGGAAAGCAUGCGUUGGUUUAGAGAAGGGACAUCACUUUCUCUGCCUUUACUGAGGAUGUUGUCAACACACUCUGUCUGUGUGAAGUCAUGGCUAUUUGGAGAAAGACCGACUUUUGCCCUGGGAGCAUCUUGGUACCCAUAGGUGUCCAAAACAGGAGCAGUGAGUUUAGGGGUUUCUGCUGGAGCAUUAAAGCUGCACCUGCUCCUAGGCUAAACUUUGAUGUUUGCAAAUGAAUACAAAUGCUGCGAAAAGCCAUAGGACACCAAAUCUGACUAAAGUUCUCCACCCCAGAAAUCUCCCACCACUUGGAAAAUUGGGGCAUGCAUAAUGUCGUGUUGUUGUUUUACAUUGUGAACUGCCUAGUUUCUGUAGAAAUGCAGGGUAUAAAUUAGCGCAAGUAAACAGUUAAUUGCUUCCUAAUUGCUUCCCCCUGAAGGAUCCUGGGAAUUGUAGUUUGAGAGGCGAGCCAACGCUCUCCUCGAUGGCUUUCUGUAAUUUCCUCACUUUCUCCCAGUAGCAUCUUCACGCUUACUAUGUCCUAAGACUCUUGAGUGAGACUGAAAAGCAUCUUGCCCAGCUUCCAAACAUCACCUGCAUCUCCACCUGCUACAGUGAGGAGAUCACUGUAUGUGGUAAGUGCUGUUGUUUACCAGCGCUGCUGAGGUACGUGCCUCAAGCACCGCCUCAGCCCAUGUGAUCUAAUCCAGACCCUGUGCUCAUUAUUUGAGGCGCUUCUUCAUAUGCCAGCUCCAUGAGAGGUACGGAGGGUGGCAACACAAGAAGAGGCCUUUUCUGUGGUGGCUCCCCACUUGUAGAAUGCUCUCCCCAGGGAGAUUCGCCUGGUGCCAUAAUGAUAUAUUUUCAGGCACUGGGCUAAAAGUUUUCACUCUCUCCAGGCCUUUUGCCUUUAACUACCUGUGGCUUUUUAGAAAUGGCUGGGAUGUUUUUAAUGUCUUGUUACGAGUUUGUAGGUGCUAGAAUUUAAUUAAGGCUUGUGGCAUCAGAAGCCAAUUAGGAUAAUCUAGUCUCCUGUGUGAGGUGAUGGCUGGACCCAUGGGUGUAUUUGACCUGUGUAUUUCCAAACCCUCUGAAAUGAGCAUGUGUGGAAAGCUAAUUUUGUUAGGCAAGCUUCCUAAACUGUGUAUUAGGCACCUCUAAAGCCUAGGAAAUCAGCUUGUAUUAAAAGCCAAUUAACUCAGCCUAAUUUCCUUGGCGGUGUUAUCCUGUGGGGGUAUCGAUCCAUUAGCACAGCAAUGGCUCAAAGGAAACUCUGUGAGGUGACAAUCUGUCCUAAAUCUUCCAACAUACAAACACAUUGGAGAUAAGAGGAACUGGUGUGUAACUGAAACAGAUCUGGAGAAGGGAGACAGGUGAGGGAGACAGGUUGGGCAUCUACAACAGAGUGCGCUUUGCUAGGAUACUAGUACCUGCCCUUUCCCCACUCUUAACAUGAAAGAGCAGUGUGCCUCUAAGAACGUACAAAGUGCAUUUUCUUCCAAAUAUUAAUGACCAACUGUAGUCUACCUUUCUUCCACAUUUAAACAUAAAGAGCAGGGCUAAUGAACAUCGCUUCCAUUCAGAUAAUUUCCAACAUCUGUCUUUAGAAACCAGGCACUGCCCCUUCCACCUUUCUUAACAAACUGUAUAACUUGUUUUCCAUGGGAAAGUAAUGCGAUUGAAGAAACCCUGGUAGAGCAGAAACAACUCUUGCUGUUCCAGAAAGGAAACCUAUGAUGGUGUCGUGGACUGGUUAGACUCAGAGGAAUGGUGGGAGGAACCAGCUGGGGAAUCCCCAAGGGAAGAAGGCGCAGAACCAGGAGAGGCAUGAUAAGGGCAGAGGAGAGAUUGACUAUGUGAAGGGGCACAGUCCCCGAUUGCUUGGGGGGAAACCUGGAGAGGAGGAGGCUUAGGCAGCUGUGGGGAGUCAGGGACCACCUAUCUCAGCAACUGCUUCAUGGGGGCGAGACCUGCCAGAGACAAGUCGCUGCGCUGAUAAGGCCCGACACUCCUGUGCAGAUGGUGUUUUUUCUAAUAAAGAGUUAACUCCAGCUUGCUCAGUGCGAUUUACUGCUGGCUCGCUUCUGGCAGAUGGUGCCAGGCAGACCUUCAUGGGGAGAAAAGCCACAGUUCCCUGGGAAAUAUAACCUUGCUCAGGGCGAUUUACUGCUGGCUCGCUUCUGGCAGAUGGUGCCAGGCAGACCUUCAUGGGGAGAAAAGCUACAGUUCCCUGGGAAAUAUAACCACAGUUCCCAGGUCCAGUGGUAUGGUCCGAAAGCACAUGGCACCACCAGCUUGCUGAAGCUAAGCAGGUUUGGGGCUGGUCAGUGCAGGGAAGGGGGACGACCUGCGAACUACCGAAUAACACGUUGGGUUUCACAGCAGAAGGAAUGUGGGCUAUAGAGCGUGAGAGGGGGGUGGGAAUGUGAAUAAACCAUCACCAUGAAUGGAAUACACUGCUUGAUGUGAAAUGCUUAUAACUUUAAACCACAAAGCCGACUUUUUGCCCCUUUCAUUUAUUAGGAGAUUUGCACGGGCAGCUGAGUGACUUAUUCCUCAUUUUCUACAAGGUACGUAAAGAAUACGCCUUCGCAUUACAUGUACAGCCGCGUGCCAAAAUGCAACAUAUAUAUUUUUUUGGAAUCAUUUUUAUUUGAUUUUACAUAUAUAAAUUUAUAACAAUCCAAACGCAAAUCCAUGUAUAGAAGUUACUCUGAAUCCAAGACAGGGAAAAAUUGGUUUUUAAUACGUAAAAAUUUAAUGUUAUAAUAUAUCAAGAUUAAAGAUCAGGAUUAAAAAGGAGGGAAAGGAAUUGCUGGACUAACAAAUUGAAUUGGAAUACAAAAGAGGGAGGUAUGAGGAGGUCCGGGAAACAAGUAAAUGUAAAAGAAGUGAUGAAAAGAUGGAACUAUUUUUAACUGUUUUUUCUUUUUUGUAUUUUGUAUUUUGUAUUUUUAUUGUUAAUUUUCUGAUUAAUGUAAUCUUUUUCUUUUGAAAUUUUAAUAAAUAUCUUUAAAAAAAAAAAAAGAAUCUCGAGACUUCGCCCCCAUCCCCUCCACGGGUCCUAUUGUCAACAUUUACAACUGCAUAUUAUUCCAUAAUCUAUAUUUUGUAUCCAUCCAUAUUAUCCUUCGUAUUUGUUACAUUACAAGUGGGAUUAAAAUCCUGCUAAUGUUUUCAUCUGCUUACAGUGGUCUCUUAAAUAAAUUAUAAAUUUCCCCCACUCUUUUUUUAAAAAAAUUGUUCUCUUGGUUCUUGAGCUUUCCGGUCACCUAGUACAUAAACAAAAAGAAAAGAAAACCCAGCCGCAAAGAAAAAAAAGAGAAACAGAAAAACAAAAAUAUAAAGUCCUUUACAAUCUCUAUUGACUUCCUUUCUAGACUUCCUCCUCCUCCCUCUUUUGUUUCUUAAUUUUUAAUUUUUACAGCAAAUCCUUUCUGUUUUUUUCAUAACAAUCUGUCAUUACGUUUCCUUGUUCUAUUUUCCCUCUUGUCAUAUAAAAACUUUAAGACUCAUAACUUAUAUUCAAUAUUUACCAAAUUCUUGCAUCAUUACCUUUUUACGAAUCAUUUACCAAUCCUUAUUUAAGCCAUGUAAUUUCAUUCAACAUCCUUCAAACAUUUGUAAGCAUUCCCAAUAUUAAAAGAUAAAAAGGAAAAAAUAAUAAGUCAAAUUCAGUCCAAUCAGCUUCCAACCUCCCUCCCCUGGACCCGGAUUGUCAGUCCUUUCAACCUCGAUAAUCCGGCUCCUUAACCUGGUUGUCUCGUGAUCCGAGGCCCUCAAGUCUCUUUCUUGCCCCUUUCGCCACUCUUGUUGAUGAUUCCUUUCCAGUCGUGGAUGCUCCAGCAAGAAAAUGCUUUUGACCCUUUGCAGCAAGUCCAUCCCAAACCCAUUGCCCAAGCCAGACAGCAAAUAAUACCACUUCAAAUUUCCACAAAGCUUGGAGACUUCGGCUACUCCAAUCCUCUGAUAGCCCAUCACUAGACUCGGAAGGUCCAAAUAACCAUGUGGAGGGGGGUCGAUCCAUCCCCCCAUUUCCAAAUCUGACCACAUUUCAUCUUUCCGAAUCUGGUUUGUCCUAAGUUCAUUUAUCAAGUUCAAAGGCUGAUCUUGCCCGGUCCAAAGGUCCCUCCAUCUCUGAAGCCUCCGUCACUACAGCAGGUUCAUAUGCUUGUAUAACCUUUUAACUGAAUUUCAUUUGUUUGCUGCUGUGCUCUGGUAACUUCCAUCAUCAAGGUCGUCUCCUGACGCAUCUGGUCCAGCUGGGCACUUAGUUUUGAAAAACCUUCCAGGAACAAUUGUUCAAGCCUUUGUACUAGCAUUGUCCUUCAAGGUCGAAGAAAAUUCUUUCCCACGACAAUAGUCCAAUAGUCCUUCUCUUUUAAUCUCACUGCGUUGAAAUUUCACUAAAUUCCACUAGAAGGAAAUUUUUUUUUUUUUAAAGGAAUAAAAGCAACAGCAACAAUCUUUCUUUUUCCAGAAACACUUUAUCCAAAAUUCCCCUUCCAAAUUCAAGAGGCAACAGUAGAAUCAAAAUGUUACCCUUCUUUUAACUAACUGUCGAGCUGGAUAAACUUCAGAACGUCAAUUCUGACAGCCCGCUCCUGGUUCAGGGCGGUGGAAAAUUGCUUUAUUUUAAACUCACUUCCGCAGGGUUGAAAAGUCCAAAUACAACCCCCUUCUUCUCCUGCAGUCAAAGGGGGUUCUAGAAAUCUUAGAUGUUGAAUUCUAGUUCUCUUAGAAUUUAAUUUUCAAGCUUUAGUAUAUUUUGUCUUUGCUUUCUUCACAUAACAAAAGAACGGAAGGCGACUUCCUGUUUAGACCUUCCCAUUCCGAGUCCCAAUUAAGUUCAAUUUCAAGUCCAAUAUUAUUUGUUUAUUCACCAGUCUUAAAAGUGGUUCAACUCUUCCAAGAUCAGGUACUCACGGAUAGAUAUUUUAGAUGCCAAAUUGUCCAGGAAAAGGCAGCGCUCUCCGAUAACGGCAGUGCGGCUUUGCUGCACGGAGGAAGCAGUCGACUCACAGCACCACGCACCUCCCACUCCGGAGCCCGCUACCGGGCUCCUGUACAAGGGGAGAGAGCGCCUCGGUGCCCGCCGAGUCCCACGUCCACAGGCUUCUUCCGCCUGUGGUUUUUGAGGGUCCCCGCUGCGCCGUAGCGGCAGGACCCAAGCCUCCGUGCAGCGGGUUCCCUUCAGUCCGAAGGGAAUUCCGCCAUUUUCCGGAGGCGCCACCCCGGAAGUCAUUGCCAUUUCUUUUCUUUUUUAAAAAAUAAUUUUUAUUGAAUGAUUUUAUGUUACAAAAAACAUUACAACCAUACUACCACUAAAUAUAAUUGAGAAAUAAAAAUUACAAAAAUGAAGGUUUACUUCACACACCCCAGCACCCCAGGCCAGAACCAGUUAGGAAGAUGCUUCCCUUAAAAAAUAAUAAUAAUAAAUAUUUUUUAUUUAUACCCCGCCCUCCCCAGCCAGAGCCGGGCUCAGGGCGGCUAACACCAGUCAAAUUACAAUAAAAACAUAAUAGGGGGGAAAAUAAAUUUAAAAUACAGGUUAAAAUACAAUUUAAAAUGCAGCCUCAUUUUAAAAGUAGCCCAUAGAUCAAAACCAUAAGGGGAGGAAAACUUAAGGGUCAGACUGAGUCCAAACCAACUUCCAGACAGAACAGCUCUGUCUUGCAGGGCCUGCGGAAAGAUGUCAAGUCCUGCAGGGCUCUAGUCUCUUGUGAAAGAGCGUUCUACCAAGUCAGGGCCAGUACUAAAAAGGCCCUGGCCCUAGUUGAGACCAAUCUAACCACCUUGCGACUUGGGACCUCCAAAAUGUUGUCAUUUGUGGACCGCAAGGUCCUCCGCAGGGCAUACCAGGAGAGGCGGUCCCAUAGGUAUGUGGGUCCUAGGCCACAAAAGAGUGUAUCUGCCCCCUGACCUAUCUGCCUGGGUAGGAUUGCUCUGCCUGUGUUGUUGGGUAAAGGUGUCAGGUUGUCCCCUUGCCUUUAAAUUUACAGCUGGAGAUCUUCUCAAAGCUUUGCAGAGUGGGAGCUGUGGAGGGUGGCUGGUAGAAACUUCCAAUCAUUUUGUCUCCAAAUUUAGCAUUUGGUAAGCAUUUGGCAUGUGGGUGGCGCUGUGGUCUAAACCACAGAGCCUAGGGCUUGCCGAUCAGAAGGUUGGUGGUUUGAAUCCCCGCGACGGGGUGAGCUCCUGUUGUUCAGUCCCAGCUCCUGCCAACCUAGCAGUUCGAAAGCAUGUCAAAGUGCAAGUAGAUAAAUAGGUACCGCUCCAGUGGGAAGGUAAACAGUGUUUCCAUGUGCUGCUCUGGUUCGCCAGAAACGGCUCAGUCAUGCUGGCCACAUGACCCAGAAAAACUGUCUGUGGACAAACAUCAGCUCCCUUGGCCAGUAAAGCGAGAUGAGCACUGCAACCCCAGAGUCGUUUGCAACUGGACUUAAUUGUCAGGGGUCCUUUACUUUUACCUUUACCUACGUACUUCCUUUAUGACUGUUGUUGUUUUUCCAUUGCAGAAUGGUAUUCCCUCUCCACAAAAGUUUUAUGUCUUUAAUGGUGACUUUGUGGACCGAGGCAAGUGUUCCAUAGAAGUCCUGAUCAUCCUCUUCGUCUUCCUUUUGGUUUACCCGAAGGAAGUCCACCUGAACAGAGGGAACCAUGAGGACUAUAUGAUCAACUUACGGUAUGGCCCCUGAAAACACGUUUCAGGAAUUAAGAAAUGUAUGGGUUAUGUUAAUGGGCAUCUACUUACAAGUCCUCUCUUCUCUUGAUCUCUAGCUAUGGUUUCACCAAGGAGGUCACGCGCAAAUAUAAGGUAAGCUUGUUUGUGAACCUUAGACUCACAGACGUUCUCAAAAGUCAUCUAGUCCAAUCUGCACUGUCAACACAAGAAAUCCACUGCUACAAUCCUGCUGAGAUGUAGCCAUCUUAAGAACAGAGGAUAGUCCUUCACCUUCUAAGAGAGGCUUCCCCACCCAAUUAUGCCAUGUUUUAGUUUUUGCUAUUUUGGUUAAAGUAUCAGUUCCUUCUGGUGAUUGCUUAGUUUGCAGUUUAAGGUUCCUCAACCUGUGUUGCAAAUAUUUAUGGUAUCGCCAUUUGCAAUUUGAAUACUGCCCUCCACUGAUGGGUUAAUACUCUCAAUGCCGCCAAAGAAACAUUUAUCAUAACGCAUCUGAGAAGGAACAUUCAGAAUCAAUUUGUUGGAUUUUGUAUCACAGCUGUUUACAGCUGGACUCUUCUCUUGCAAAAGAAGAUUGCGUUCUUUGUCCCUGUUCCUCUUGUUUGCCUCUUGCCAGUGUGGUGUAGUGGUUAAGAGCAGUGGACUUGUAAUCUGGUGAACCGGGUUUGAUUCCCCGCUCCUCCACAUGCAGCUGCUGGCUGCAUAGCUGUCAACUUUCAGAUUUGAAAAUAAGGGAUCAGCAGCCUCGAAAAUAAGGGAUCAGCAGCCUCACCUGUCUCAGGGACAGUCUACGGGAUAUCUAACAAUCCGGGAUAGCAGUGGGAAGCAGCGGGAAACAGCGCUGGAAUAAGGGAAUUUCCCGCAAAAAAAGGGAAGGUUGACAGCUAUGGCUGGGUGACCUUGGGCUAGUCACACUUCUCUGAAGUCUCUCAGCCCCACUCACCUCACAGAGUGUUUUUUGUGGGGGAGGAAGGGAAAGGAUAUUGUUAGCUGCUUUGAGACUCCUUAAGGGGAGUGAAAGGCGGGAUAUCAAGUCCAAACUCUUCUUCUUCUUCUCUUCUGGUUUUGAUUCCCUUGUCCCUUGGACUUUUGUUGCUUAAAUGAAAGGAAUUUUGCUGGUUUGUGAAUUUGGAUAUAUGCCCUUCUUUGUUACAUCUAAAAUGAGUAACUUUUUGGUGGAGCCUUGACUUUUCCCUUAGUCAGACAUAUAAUGGCUCAGGGCCUCAAUACUUCAAGAAUCACCCCUCUCCAUAUGAACUGACCCAGGCCCUGAGAUGACUUUCUGAGGCUUUUCUUUGUGUGCCUCCUCCAUGAGAGAUCCAGAGGGUGGCAACACGAGAACAGGGCCUUUUCUGUAGUGGCUCCUCGAUUGUGGAGUGCUCUCCUCAGGGAGGUUCACUUGGCACCUUCAUUAUACACCUUUAGACGCCAGGCAAAAACGUUCUUCUUUAACCAGGCCCUUGGCUGAAUGAUAUUCUAUGGCCUUUAAAAUGUGUAUUUUAGGGGGGUGUUGUUUUGUACUUUUAUUGUGUAUUCUUAUGUUGUCACCCACCCUGAGAACUUUAGAUGGUGUGGUAUAUAUAAUAAUAAUAAUAAUAAUAAUAAUAAUAAUAAUAAAUAAUGCUCUAUCUCCCCAAUGAUGCCCCAGUACAAAAAAACAAGCUCAGUCUGUAUUCUCACACUGUUAAAUCGUCUGACACCCUGGUGAAGACUCCCAUCAUUUAGUAAUUCUGAAUAUUUAGUAAUCUCUGGCAUUUGUUGACUCUAGGAAUUAAGGGUGCUUUUGCACCCACAAACUCUGGGUCCUGGAUACAUAUCAAUAUUUGUAUAUUAUUGUAUAUAAUUUUAUAUUUGUAUAUAUGAUAAUAAUAAAUAUAUUAUUCAUUAUGUAAUAUAUCAUUUUCAACGGUCAUUCAACAUCUUAUACAAUUUUUUUUAGACUUCCAUCAACCACAUCUGAAAAUUUUCCAAUUUUUUCAGUUAAUUUACAUUUCUUAAUUUCACUAUUGCUAUUAAUUAUCUUAUCUAUUGACUCUCUCAUCAUAACCUCCCUUACAAUAUUUCACAUAUUACUCCUUACAAAACGUCUUGCAGUCCUACUAGCGUAACCAGUUGAUUACGGUUGCUUUUCAAAUAGUCCGCAUAUUUCUUCCAGUCUUCUGAGAAUCUCUGGUCCCGCAGGUUUCGAAUCCUUCCUGUCAUCUUAUCUAAUUCUGCAUAGUCCAUUCAUUUCGUCUGCCAUUCUUCUUUGGCCAGUAGUUCUUCUUGUUUCCAUUUCUGUGCCACGUAUCAAUAUUUGUAGUGGGCCUUUCUCUCAUUCUCCUUUACUGUUCCUGCCCUCCUUCUAGGAACACGGCAGCAAAAUCCUGAAAGAGCUCAAGACGGUCUUCAGCUGCCUGCCUCUGGCCACCCUGAUUGACCAGAAGGUCUUGAUUGUACACGGAGGAAUCUCGAAUAUGACUGAUUUGGAGCGGCUAGCCACGGUCGACCGGCGCAAGGUACAGAGCCCUCCAGAUCUUCCUCUACAGCAGCUUCUUGGCAAAUAGGGGGCACUGUUGUUCUCCUCACACCUAUAGGGAAGAAAUAGCGGGGGCUGCCUUCUGGGGUCUCCUGACCUUUGCACCUGACCAAUGUUACUCAGAGCGGCCCCCUGCCAUGAUUCCCACUUCAACCGUUGUUGGAUAAGAUGAAUUUGAUGCCCCACUCCUGAUGUAGAUCUUCAUUUAUGCUUUCUUCCCUGGCUGGAGGGAGGGAUGACCGUUUUGUGGUUGACCUCAGGUGCCAAAAUGUAUUGUGCAGGACCUGCCUAUGGAAACUGGUCCUUGGGUUGGGAAAGCUUCCUCAUCCCUGCUCUCAACCCAGUUUUCCUUCAUCUCCUCAAUAGGAUUUGGGUGGAGAGUUUGCAUGACAAAUCCCCUCUUCCCCUCCUUCUUCGACCUAUCUGUGGGAUGUACCGUAUUUUUCGCUCCAUAAGACGCACCUGACCAUAAGACGCACCUAGUUUUUAGAGCAGGAAAACAAGGGGGGGGAAUUCUGACUCAAAUGUUGUACUAAACUAUUUAAAACAGCAAAGCGGGCGGCUCCUGUCCGCUUUGCUGCUUUAAAGCGAGCCACGGUAUAUAAUGAAGAGAAUGGAAAAAGGAUAGACAUUCCAUUACAAUGUAGCUGUUUUCAUUAUCACUGGGAAGUCAGUAUUGGCAGCAGUCAUGUAAACUAAAAUUUGAGCAUUUUACUGUUAUUCAUCAAGAAUGGUAAUAGUCAGGGAGAGAAACCAGGACUGUGCAAAUGAGAAGUGCUUGGAGUAUGGAGGAACAGCAAAGAGAUCAAGUGAUUGCGCUCCAGUUCCUAAAUCUGUGAAGUUUUCUCAAAAUAGACAUGGUUGUUUUGAAAGGAAGAUUCAAAGAGUGGGAAAUGGAGUGACUGAGCAAAGAACAGAGGAGGAAAAGCCUUCCUGCUGCUUGCAAACCUUGCCGGGGCUUCAGGGAAAAGCGGAGGCUUCUGGCAGAGCAGCGUGGCUCCUCCCCCCACCUCCAAAGAGCAGCCCAGGAGCGCAGGGCAACGCCGAUUUGGCUCCAGGGACCACACAUUCGCUCCAUAAGACGCACAGACAUUUCUCCUUACUUUUAAGGAGGAAAAAAGUGCGUCUUAUGGAGCGAAAAAUACGGUAAUCCAUUGGAGCAGUCAAGGGCAACAUUCCUUGUUUGCCUAGAGUGGACACAGACGGGGGGGGUGUUGGUCCAGCCAGUUGAACUUCCUGUUACACCUGGUCUGGGGCAUCCUCCCCCUGCCUGUGACCAGGUAGGUAGGCAUGACCCUUGCAGACCCCAUAAAAGGUCCAGUCACUCAGCCAUCUCCCUCUUUUGAGGCCGUUUCUUCACAUGGGCCAAUCCUUGCAAGGAUGUAAGCCACACUGUACCUGUAACUACAAGCUAAAGCUUCAGGGAUCCAACUGUGAACUGAAUGUGAGUAAACUUGUUACCCUUCUAAAAGAAGACUGUUUUGUCUUUAUUCUUAUUAGGAGGGAAUCAAAGGGGUCUUACCAGGAAUAUACUUCAAUCUAGGCAACCCAGAUUGGAUUGCUUAAGUAAAGAGAUUCAAGCGAAUCUACCAACUAGCUUCCUGCUAUAUAUUGGGGAAUGUCACUCUGCUGCUGACUCACAGGCGUGAGUUAGGAAGGAUACUAUUAAAUCAAUAUAUCCUCUCCUAGUACGAUUUUUACUAUAUCUUUAUUGUCAUUGUCCCAUAUAGAACAAUGAAAUUGAAAAUCUACAUAAGACAUUCAAAAACCCCUAACAACUCUGAAACCCCAUUUUAAAAUACAUUAUACUAUAGAGACUCCUUAUGCUGCGUUUAGAACCAGUAUUGCAUCUGCGUAGAAACUGUUUCUACAACAUUCCCACGUUAUCAUCAGCCUCCACAGUGAAUCUGGGGGGGGGGGCGUGGGGGGGUGUGAUGAAGCAAACCCACCCCUCUCUCUGGCCCUAACCAGAGAGCCAGUGUGGUGUAGUGGUUAAGAGUGGUAGACUCGUAAUCUGGUGAACCAGGUUCGCUUCCCCGCUCCUCCACAUGCAGCUGCUGGGUGACCUUGGGCUAGUCACGCUUCUCUGAAAUCUCUCAGCCCCACUCACCUCAGAGUGUUUGUUGUGGGAAAGGAAGGGAAAGGAGAAUGUUAGCCGCUUUGAGACUCCUUUGGGUAGUGAUGAAGCGGGAUAUCAAAUCCAAACUCCUCUUCUUCUCUUCUAACCCCAUCACCUUGUCUUGAGUGCGGCUUGAAGCCCAUUAACUUGACCUGGGUGAUCCGAAAACCAGAUGAAAUUUUUGUUCGGGGGGUGGGACAGGAUAGCACCAGUCUCAAAGUUCUGUAUUCGGAAUAUCUGACUCCCUGCCUUGCUUUUCUUAGCUUCUCUCUGUAUUGACCCAGAAGAGAAAACAGUCAAGAGUUUGGGGCGUCCAUGAAUCGAAAGCAUCCCGAUGUGGCAAGAGCAGUUUAUCAAGCAGGUCUCAGCUGCCCCACUCAAGUGUCCAGGAAGAGCUCCGGUCCUGCCGCAGGAUGGCGGGAAUGUCACUUACCUCUGUGGAUACCAGAUCCGACGACUCAUCAAUCCUUGAAGACGAGGACGUUCAGCAGGUGGGUUGAUUCGGAGAAUGAACGAAGCGCAAACAAACAAACAAACAAACAAACAAACCAACCCUGAUGAAUCUUCAUGAGUUUUAUUAUUUAAUUAUUUAAUGAUUAAAUAAUAAUUAUUUAAUGAUUAUUUAAUUGCAAAGUGUGAAUUCUAGACUGGUAAAAUGAGAAACAGAGGGCAGAUCCAUCCAUCCCUCGUUGUCUAGGGCUACAGGUUCCUCAGCGAUGAAUUCAAACUUCUCCAGGAUUUCAGCACUCUGGUUUCAUUUUUUCGGGUUUUUUACGCGCCAAAACCCAGAAGUACCAGAAUGGGUUACUUCCAGGUUUCGGCAGUCACGCAUGUGCAGAAGCUCUAAAUCACGCUUUGCGUGUACGCAGAAGCGCUGAAUCGCAACCUUCACGUGUGCAGACGCGGUGCUGUGGGUUGUGAACAUGGAUCACGUUCGCAACCCGAGCGUCCACUGUAUGUAUAUAAUUUUUUUAUUUGAUUUUCAAAAAGGAAAGGAAAAGAAAAAAAAAGAAAAAUUCCUAAAUUUAUGGAUAUACAGAUAAUUCCUAAAUUAUCUGUAGUUUCUAUCACAUUACAAGAGUAUUUAAAAUCCUGCUAAUGCUUUAACCUGUUUGCAAUGAUUUUAUAUACAUUAUAAACAUUUCCCAUCCUUUUAAAAAUUUCUUGUCGUCUUGAUUCCUGAGCCUCCCAGUUAAUUUUGCCAUUUCGGAUAGUCCAUCAACUUGAUCUGCCAAUCUUCUUUGGUUGGGGUUGUCUCUUCCUUCCAUCUCUGGGCUGGCAGAAUCUGGAUGGCUGUUGUAGCAUACAUGGAUCUUUUGGAAUCUUGGUACCUAUAAUUCCUACUAAAAAAAGCUUCUGUUGUGUUUUUUUAACAAAAGUUAAUUUAAACAUUUUGUUUCAUUUUUUUAAUCCUUUAUUGAAAUUCAUAGAUAUCAUACAGUAUCUUAAAUCCACACAUACAAAUAAAAUAAAAUAAAUAACCUUACAUAAAUUUACAGUUAAAUAUUAAAUUACUCUUUCCACAUAUUUUCUAAAUAAACUAAGAUAAAGUAAAAUAAAAUAGACUUCCCAUUGUUUCCCAAUGUAAUUAACAUUUGUAGUAUUGAAUGUACUUAUACAGUGGUACCUUGGGUUACAAACGCUUCAGGUUACAGACGCUUCAGGUUACAGACUCUGCUAACCCAAAAAUAGUACCUCGGGUUAAGAACUUCAGGAUGAGAACAGAAAUCGCGCCGCCGCCGCGGCACAGUGGCAGCAGGAGGCCCCAUUAGCUAAAGUGCUACCUCAGGUUAAGAACAGUUUGAGGUUAAGAACGGACCUCCAGAACAAAUUAAAUUCUUAACCCGAGGUACCACUGUAAUUAUUACUUUACUCUUAAUAUAUUUUCUAAUACUUUCUUACAACCUGUUGUACCAUUUCCCCUUAUUUCUUCAUAUUUACUUUACACAACGGUCAUUCGAACGCUGCCAUACAUGUUAUAUCACUGUUACAUUUUUGUAAAUAUCUCUUGAACACAUCCCAUUUUUGAAUAAAUGAUUGUUUAGUAUUACUCCUCAGUUUAUCUGUCAAUAGAGCCAUUUCUGCGUAAUCUAAUUUUUUAUUUCAUUUUAUAUCAUUUCCCAGAAUUUUUAAACUAUAUUACAGUUCCACCACAUAUGAUAAAAGGUACCCUCUUUUUCUUUCCAUUUCCAGCAUGUAUUGGUACUUGUUUUAUACAUUUUUGCUAGUUCUGCUGGGGUUAAGUACCACCGAUACAUCAUUUUCAUAUAGUUUUCUUUCCGUGAAGAUCAGCACUCUGGUUUCCAAAGCUGCUGCUGAUCUGUGUCUGCGCCAAAGUGGUGCUUAAGAACUCAGCUCCCCCCUCUCCAUUUUCAGGUGACGGAUAUAUUGUGGAGCGACCCCAUUCCUCAAAACGGCUGCAGAGUGAAUCAGGACCGAGGAGGGGGCUGCUACUUUGGCCCCGAUGUGACGAAGGAGAUUCUGGAAAAGUACAACCUGCAGUUCAUCAUCCGUUCCCACGAGUGCAAGCCGGAAGGUUAUGAGUUCUGCCACGACCGAAAGGUAGCUCAGUAGAGCAUCAAUCAAGGCUCUGGGCAGAGCUGGGAGUGGGAGGAUAUGUCUUGAUAUACAGUAUUUCUCGCUCCAUAAGACACACCUGACCAUAAGACGCACCUAGUUUUUAGAGGGGGAAUGCAAGGGGAAAAAAUUCUUUAAAGGAGCGCUGAGCAGAGCCCGUAUGCAUCCCAGGCUCUGUUCAGCGCUCCCUUUUACAAGCCGCGUGGAGCGUGUGUGCGGCGCUUGCAGGCUUUUCCCUGACGGGCUGCCCUUCUCCCUCCUCGGGGAAAAGCCCGCACACAUGCUCCGCGCAGCUCUUUAAAGGGAGUGCGGCUCUUGGGGGCUUUUCCGGGAGGGGCUGCCCUCUAUGAGGCUGCCCUCUGUCCCUUCCCCCACCUCCUGGAAAAGCCAGCAAGAGCCAUGCGCUCUUUAAAGAGCCACGCCUAGCGUGUGUGCAGCUCUUGGGGGCUUUUCCGCGAGGAGGGACAAGGGACUGAUGGGCUGCCCUUCUCCCUCCUCGGGAAAAAGCCCCCAAGAGCCGCACACAUGCUCCACGCGGCUCUUUAAAGGGAGCGCUGAGCAGAGCCUCCCGUCUGCAUUCGCUCCAUAAGACGCACACACAUUUCCCCUUACUUUUUAGGAGGGGAAAAGUGCGUCUUAUGGAGCGAAAAAUACGGUCUUUCCUGAUUGCAUUUCCUCAUGCAGGGUGAAGCAGGGGUGCAUGCAUGCAUCUUGCAGGAGUCCUCAGUCGCACAUUCACAUUACUUUAGCCAGUUGCAAUAGUGGGAGUUAUAGGGGGAAAUGAGAGGUGGUGUGGAGGGCGGAGUAGUGCAAAUGAACUGGCAGGGGCACCAGAUUGGCUCUGCCAGUGUGUUUGCACUGUGCCAAGCUUGCGGGCCCUCCUCCCCUUCCUGUCUGCCUCCACAGUAAGCAGCGGCAAUGUGACUGACCGGAAGAAGCGUUUAAUGGAUAUUUGGCAUAUGUUCAGGUCUAAUUUAAUAUCUGGCAGAAAAUGGAGGUAGAAAAAUUAAUAUGAAUGGGAAAUCCUGCUAUCGGACAAAAGGAGAAUGCGGCAUUUAAUGAUAACACAGUGGAACCUCGGUUUUCGAACGUAAUCUGUUCCAGAAGACCCGUUCGACUUCCAAAACGUUCGAAAACUGAGGAUCAAGGGGCUGGCUGCAAAGUCAAUGGGGGGAAAAUGAGAAACGCACAUCGGAAGCCAAGGUUCAUUCAAAAAUGGAAGCUAUUAUUUCUGGGUUUUUGGCAUUCGGGUUCUGAAUUGUUCGGCUUCCGAGACGCUCAAAAACUGAGGUUCCACCAUAGGUUUAAAUGGAAGAGUUUCUGGGAUCUUAGGCAAGGAAGAGCCUCUCAGAGGAUUUUAUUCUCAGUUUUGCAAUGUGAGUUUUAUCGUAUGGUAAAUGCAGUUUUCAAGGGGAAGAAAGUGUGUGGAAAUGCUUUUGCAAAUCUAUAGGGCAUAUUUAUGGUGAGACUGUACAGCUGGGGGGAGAAGGGAGCUGACCGUAAAGUAAUAUGUGCUUCUUAACGAUUUGAAAUUGCCGGUUUGUUUCUGUUUACUUGCUUAGGUAAUCACUGUAUUUUCCGCUUCAAACUACUAUGCAGUUGGCAGUAACAGGGGUGCCUACCUCAAACUGGGGCCUGACCUGAUCCCUCACAUCAUCCAGUAUCAAGCCAGCAAGGAUGCACAUAAACUGACAAUGACUCAAAGGCAAGCAUCUUCCUCUUCCUCUUCAUCUCUUCCCCUCUCUAUCAGUUAGGCCAUUGGAGAAAGAAAUCCUUUGUAUGGCCCUAUCUUGCCCCAUUAGCUUUUAUUUAUAUGCUUGUUUAUAUCUGCCCCUUCCUGCAGAUACACCAUUUAGAAACGAAAGCAAAGCGAAAACAUUCUAAAAAAGAUGACAAGAUUCUAAAAACAAUUACAGUUUAAAAACAUACUUCCAUCCAAUGGCCUCAAGGUUGCCAGGAACUGUAUUCUUCAGCUACUAGGAACACUUUCGGUUUCCUCCUGAAAGUUAAUACUGAUGGAGAGAGGAGCCACUCACUAGCAGGGGAGGGCAUUCCACAAGAGGGGAGCCACCACUGACAAGGCCCUGUCAUGGGUCAGAGCUAACUGAGCAGACCCAACUACAGUGGUGCCUCGCAAGACGAAAUUAAUUCGUUCCGCGAGUUUUUUCGUCUAGCGAAUUUUUCGUCUUGCGAAGCACGAAAUCCCAUAGGAAUGCAUUGAAAUUCAAUUAAUGCGUUCCUAUGGUCAAAAAAAGUCCAAUCAAAGCCAAAUUCGGUACAACAAGAGUUUAUUAACUGCUCUUUAAAGUCACACAUACUUUAAAGAGCAUAUCAAAAAUUGAAGGAACAAUAAAUUAAGUUUCUAAACAUGACAGGAAAACAUUUAAAAAUCAAAAAGGGUACAUUACAUUUUCUAAGACUCUGGGGACCACUCAAGAAGGUUCCUCUUCCACUCUUUGCUUCUUGCUGAGGAACCUGUCCAUGGUCUGCUGCUUCAUCCGCCGCUUCAGCAGCUCCCUGAGAGGCGACAUGACCGUCGUAUCAAAAAUGUUCGCUUGGUCAUGUGCCACGUGCUUGUCAGGGUGGUGCCGCUCUGCAAAAGCCUGCACCUCAUUCCACUUCUGGCAAAUGUCCCUCAGUUCUUUGGAGGACCGCCGCUCCUCAGUCGCUUCCUCCUCUUCCAGCGAGGCCUGCUCCUGCGCAACCUCUGACUGCAGUGCAACCAGCUCCUGGGUGGUCAGCUCGUCGUCGUGCUCCUCCACCAGCUCGCAAACGUCCUCCUCUGUGACCUCCCGGCCCAAGGUCCUCCCUAAGGCAACAAUGUCCUGCACCACUGUCGACUCUGGUGCAUCAGAGUCACUUGGUGCCACACAGUCCGGCUGCACAGGCUGCGCCAAGCGCAAUUCAAAUUCCUCUGGCUGAUCCCCUUCCAGGCCGUGGUGAUCAUCUUCAAGCAGGUGACGAUGUCGAAGUGGUCCUUCCAGAAUUCCCGCAGGGUGAUGGUGGUGCAAUCAGUCACCUCAAGCAUCGCCUGAAAAGCUCCUUGGUGUAGAGUUUCUUGAAAUUGGCGAUGACCUGCUGAUCCAUCGGCUGGAGCAGUGGCGUGGUGUUAGGCGGCAGGAACAUGAUGUUGAUGAAGCUGAACUCCUCCAACAAGUCCACCUCAAGGCCUUUAGGAUGAGCAGGAGCAUUGUCCAUCAGAAGCAAAGCCUUCAGCGGCAGGUCAUUGUCCAGCAGGUACUGUUUGACAGCAGGGCCAAAGGCAAGAUUGACCCAGUCCACAAACAGCACACGUGUGACCCAAGCCUUGCUGUUGGAUCGCCACAUGACACUCAGCCGCUCCUUGUCGACCUUGUGUUUCUUGAAGGCCCGUGGGUUCUCCGAGUGGUACACCAGCAGGGGCUUGAUCUUCAGGUCGCCGCUUGCGUUGGCACAGAAGAGCAGGGUCAGACGGUCCUUCAUGGGCUUGUGGCCAGGCAACUUGGCCUCCUCCUGAGUGAUGAAAGUCCUUUUGGGCAUCCUCUUCCAAAACAGCCCGGUCUCGUCGCAGUUGAAGACCUGCUGUGGAACGUAGCCCUCCGUCUUCACAACCUCCAGGAACUCCAAGGCAAAGUCUUCAGCCGCAGGAACAUCAGAACUGGCAGCCUCUCCAUGCCUGACCACGCUGUGGAUUCCGGAUCUUGCCUUGAACCGGUCAAACCAGCCUCUGCUUGCCUUGAAGACUUCUGGCUCGGCCGAGGUUCCUGGCUGUUCCCGGAUGAGGUCUGCGUGCAAGGCCUUGGCCUUCUCACAAAUCACGGCCUCAGUCACUGUGUCCCCUGCACGCUGCUUCUCUUCUAUCCAGAUGAGGAGCAACUUCUCGACCUCCUCCAGAACAGCUGGGCGGUUCUUCACGAUCCUGGUGACUCCCUUGGCUGCAUCAGUCGCAAGGAUCUUCUCCUCAUCUUCAGGAUGGUCCCGAUGGUCGAUGGGUUCCUGCCGUACUCCCUGGCGAGGUCCGUCACACGCAUUCCACCGUCGUGCUUCCGGAUGAUCUCCUUCUUCAUCUCCAGCGUCACCUUCUCCUUCUUCCUCUCGCCGGCCUCCGCAGCAGCAGCAGUCUUCUUGGGUCCCAUGGCAGCACAGCUGUUACCUUUGUAAACCUCAGAAAAAGAAAAAAAAUCAGCAAUUCAAACCCACAACCAAGUCCUUGAAUUCCAAACACCCAACCCAAAAUCCAAAACCCCAAAAACGUUUUAAAAGUUUAACUUACGAAAUGGCUGCAAAUCACCAAAGUCUUCAAAAUCCUCAAAUGGCUGCAAAAGAAAUUUUGGGAAAGCUUUAAAAAUCACCAAAGUCUUCAAAAACCUCAACUGUUCCCCCAGCCCCUCCCCAACUGUUGCAAACCCUCCCCAACUGUUGCAAACCCCUCCUCAACUGUUCCCCAGCCACCCAGCACACAGAAAUUCAAAACCCAGAAACUUUUUGAAAAAAACAACAUGGCCCAAUGGUUACAGAAAACCAUAAAAAUUCAAAAAAGCACACAAGCUCCCAGAUUCCUGCAAACCCCUCCUCAACUGUUCCCCCAGCCACCCAGCACACAGAAAUUCAAAACCCAGAAACUUUUUCAAAAAAAACAACAUGGCCCAAUGGUUACAGAAAACCUUAAAAUUUCAAAAAAGCACACAAGCUCCCAGAUUCCUGCAAACCCCUCCUCAACUGUUCCCCCAGCCACCCAGCACACAGAAAUUCAAAACCCAGAAACUUUUUCAAAAAAAAAACAACAUGGCCCAAUGGUUACAGAAAACCAUAAAAAUUCAAAAAAAAGCACACAAGCUCCCAGAUUCCUGCAAACACCUCCCCAGCUGUUCCCCCAGCCACCCAGCACACAGAAAUUUAAAACCCAGAAAAUUUUUCAAAAACAACAACAUGGCCCAAUGGUUACAGAAAACCAUAAAAAUUCAAAAAAGCACACAAGCUCCCAGAUUCCUGCAAACCCCUCAUCAACUGUUUCCCCCAGCCACCCAGCACACAGAAAUUUAAAACCCAGAAACUUUUUUCCAAAAAAAACAACAUGGCCCAAUGGUCACAAAAAUCAUAAAAAUUCAAAAAAGCACACAAGCUCCCAGAUUCUUGCAAACACCUCCCCAGCUGUUCCCCCAUCCACCCAGCACACAGAAAUUUAAAACCCAGAAACUUUUUUCAAGAAAACAACAUGGCCCAAUGGUCACAAAAAUCAUAAAAAUUCAAAAAAGCACACAAGCUCCCAGAUUCUUGCAAACACCUCCCCAGCUGUUCCCCCAUCCACCCAGCACACAGAAAUUCAAAAUUCAAACCCAGAUUUUUUUUUUCAAAAAAAAAUAAACAUGGCCCAAUGGUCACAGAAAAUCAUAAAAAUGCAGAAAAAACCACACAAGCUCCCAGAUUCUUGCAAACCUCUCCCCAACACCAAGUCCUUGAAUUCUAAACACCCCAACCCAAAAUCCCAAAAACCCCAAAAAAGUUUUAAAAGUUCAACUUACCAAACAGCUGUAGAAGAAGUUUUGGAAAAGCUUCAAAAAUCCAGCAAACUCUUUAAAAAGCUCAGAAAGGCCACCACACCGCGUGCAAUGUGUUGCUCCUCGAGGUCAAGUCGCAACUGCACCUCUUCAAGCAAUGCACCCUGGGUUUUAACGGUUUUACGAACAAGGAAACAAACUUGCAAGACGUUUUCGUCUUGCGAAGCAAGCCCAUAGGGACAUUCGUCUUGCGAAGCAACUCGAAAACGAAAAAACCUUUCGUCUUGCGAGUUUUUCGUUUUGCGAGGCGUUCGUCUUGCGGGGCACCACUGUAGUGGGUGAUAGUGACUUAUACCAGGUGUGGCGAAGUUGGCCCUCCAUGUGUUGCUGAACUACAACUCCCAUCAGCCCUAGCAAGCAUGGUCAAUGGUCAAGGGAUAAUGGGCAUUGUUCAGCAACAACUGGAGGACCAAAGCUUCCCCAUGCCCUGAUUUAGACAAAACCCUAUGCAGGUUUGGGAUCCAGUUAAGAAUGCAUAAAUUUCUGUUCCCAUCUGUACUUGUUAGUUUCUGUUGUUUCCAUGCAUCUGCAGUUCAUCUUCUGCCACAUAACUACAUUGCUCAUAUCACUGACCACUAUUUAACUUAAGUUACAUAUCUAGUCACGUAACUUAAGGUCGCGCUGUGGUCUAAACCACAGAGCCCAGGGCUUGCCGAUCGGAAGGUUGGCAGUUCAAAUCCCUGCGAUGGGGGUGAGCUCCGAUUGCUCAGUCCCUGCUCCUGCCUGCCUAGCAGUUCGAAAGCAUGUCAAGUGCAAGUAGAUAAAUAGGUACCGCUCCGGCGGGAAGGUAAACAGCGUUUCCAUGCACUUCUCUGGUUCGCCAGAAGCAGCUUAGUCAUACUGGCCACAUGACCUGGAAGCUGUCUGCGGACAAACGCUGGCUCCCUUGGCCUACAGAGCGAGAUGAGCGCGCAAUCCCAGAGUCGUCCGCGACUGGACUAACGGUCAGGGGUACCUUUACCUUUACUUUUUAAAAGUCAUUUUAGUAUAAAGGAAAUAUCAAAACAAUAUUUAAAAGGUCAUAAAUUAGGUAUUAUUUCCUUUCUGUGGUCCUUUCACCCAAAGCCCAGAAGGGCUCUCUGUUUCUCAGAUGGGGCAGAGACGUUUGUGUGUGUUUUGUAUUUUCAUCCCUCGUGUAUGAUGUUACAUGGCAGAAAUGCUUAUCUACUCUCCUCAGGAUCAGCCGGGUGGAGGAAUCAGCGUAUCAGGUUUUAAGGGAGCGAUUGUUUGCUCACAGGUCAGAGCUUGCCUCCGCCUUCAGGCAAUGUGAUCAGGAUUCAGGUAAGGUGAAGGGUAAACACCUAAUAUAUAAGGGUAUUUAGAAGGAAUAUGAGGAAUUUAUUUAUAAGGAAUGUAAGUACCUGACAAAAAGGAGAGAUUUCUGGCAGUGCAAGCUCCCUGCUGGAUAUAAGAAAACGAGGUUUGCCCUAUGGAUGCCCUGCAAGAGAAAUGCUCCCCCCAAAACUGAACUUGUCAUCGCAGGCUCUGCGAACCAUUGGCAAUUCUGCAUGUGCAGACAAUGAAUUUUGCUGUGUUUGUGAACCCAGGAUACGUCGACCAUUGGUAGUGAAACAGUAGCAGGGGCGCCACAGGUAAAUCAGGAAAGGGAUGGAAAGACCUCCAUGCUUGGCUAUGACACAGCCAGGCGUCCACUUCUGUCUGCCAUCCCCACACUGACUGCCCUAUUUGGGUGCUUCCAGAUGAGCAUUCAACCACAUCUACACCAUACUGUUAUGAGUUUUGGGGUGCCAGACCCCCCCCACAACACUAAAUCCCUGGGUCCAGUAGGGGUGAGAAUUUAAUCAAUUCUUGAAGUCGUACUCGGUGCCAGACAGAUUUAGUGUGUGUUAAAAGGUAAGACAGAGCAGCUUAUUGUGUUCAGGAGAUCGCCUAAGAGAUGGGCCAUUGAAAAAGGGGGAAAAGAAAAGGCGAUGAGCCAUUAAGGGAAAUAAAGGAGGGAAGAGGAGUGGAGUUCUAAGUGUUGCUUAUGGAUUAAACCUUAUUCUCUGCACUUUUGGAGUUCACUUUUUUAUUUCUGCAUGGUUGCUGCCUUCCCCCUUUCUGCUUCUGAUCUAUGGUCCUAAAUAAUCCACACUGUAUUUGUAGAAGAGACUCUUUCCCUCGUGUCGCUCUUCUCAUCACCCCCAAAGUGAUUUGGGAAGGAGGACGGAGUCAUUUCCUGUGUGUUGGCUUUAGGCCUGAGUGUUACAUUCCCUGGUGAGCAAACCUUUCCUGGAGGGCUGCAUAUUGGUGGGUGGGGUCAGAGGCAAAACCAGGAAUGUAACUCUGCACAGUCAGCUAAUUCCAGUUACACAAAAGCAAUCUUUCUAGGUUCAUGCCUACGGCAAUUUUGGCAGCCCAUUGUCCUUAAAUCACCUUGUGGCUUCCCUUUCCGGGCAGGAAUGAUCACACUAAAUGACUGGGCAAAGGUGGUGGAGUCCGUUCUCAAUCUAGGGCUGCCCUGGAGGAUGCUGAGACCACACCUUGUUUCCAGCGCUGUCAACGGGAUGCUGGAUUACAAUUUGUGGCUCAAAGACCUUGUGACGGAGCAGUGGUCAGCCUCUCAAGAGGUAACAUGGACUUUGUAGUACAUUGGUAAAUCCGAAGUGGAAUGCUGCCUCCAGUGGUUAUGGGCUGGAACUGAGAUUUCACCCUUUAGCUUGUUCCGACGUUUCCUGUAGCAGCAAAUGAACUAAGGGGAUGUGAUCAAUGAUAGCGCUAGCUCCUAUGGGAAUAAUAUUGUUCCUAGGUUCGGUUGGUUGGGGGUGGCAAUUUGACAGGAGGGGGGCAAUGGAGCCAGAAUGACCACAAAUAUUCUUAAAUAUUCAGGAGCUAAGUUGCCAGGCACAUCUUUCAUUAGGGAGGUUUCUGAUGAAAUGGCCAGUGGAUGUGUUUUGAAUUACUUAUUAUUAUUUAUAAAAGAAUAUUCAUGUAGUGGUAUGCCAUGGGGAGGGGGAAUCAAAGCUGUUUACAGCAAUAAAACAUUAAAACAGGCUAGCCAUUUUUGUGUUUUGUUUAUCUGUGAGAUUGUUAAGCCGUAGUCUUGUUUUUUUCAGCGCAUUCAAUCAAGUUUGCUGGAAAACAUUUACCGAAACUUAUCCAACCUGGAGACUCUCUUCAAUAUUAUAGACAGUGACCAUUCAGGUAAGUGCAUGAAUAAUUCCCUAUUGUUUUUAGUUCAGAAUUUUAGAUAGCCCAGUGUUGAAAAAGGAAUAAAUAUCACAUAGGAGGGGCAAUAGAGGCCCCACUUUUUAUAUUAAAACCCCCCUGAAAGGAGUAAUCAGAGAGGAGCACUACAUAAAAAAUGGAGGGGGAGUCCCUUAGAUGGUUGUAUGGGGUCUUGCACACCUCCUUCCAGCAACUCCUGCAGCAAAGCUGAUACCAAAUGUACAGUGGUACCUCGGGUUAAGUACUUAAUUCGUUCCGGAGGUCUGUACUUAACCUGAAACUGUUCUUAACCUGAAGCACCACUUUAGCUAAUGGGGCCUCCUGCUGCUGCCGCGCCACCGGAGCACAAUUUCGGUUCUCAUCCUGAAGCAAAGUUCUUAACCUGAAGCACUAUUUCUGGGUUAGCGGAGUCUGUAACCUGAAGCGUAUGUAACCUGAAGCAUAUGUAACCCGAGGUACCACUGUAAAGGUAAAGGACCCCUGGAUGGUUAAGUCCAGUCAAAGGCGAAUAUGGGGUGCAGCGCUCAUCUCGCUUUUAGACUGAGGGAGCUGGCGUUUGUCCACUGACAUCUUUAUAAGUCAUGUGGCCAGCAUUACUAAACCACCUAUGGUGCAACGGAACACCAUGACAGAAACCAGAGCAGCGCACGGAAACACCGUUUACCUUCCCACCACAGUGGUGCCUAUUUAUCUACUUGCACUGGCGUGCUUUCGAACUGCUAGGUUGGCAGGAGCUGGGGCAGAGCAACAGGAGCUCACCCCAUCGCGGGGAUUCGAACUGCCGACCUUCUGAUUGGCAAGCCCAAGAGGCUCAGUGGUUUAGACCACAGCACCACCCAUAUUGCUCUGCUUUCCUUUGGAUCACAUCAAUGAGUUCCCUGGGCAACCUGAGACCUCCAUACACACUGCGGUUUGAGGUGCACUCCUUUGCCUCUCGAGACAACAGAAGCCAACGGCAACAACAAAAAGAUAUCCCGUAAAUAAUGUGCACACACAUAGCUGGUAAAUCGUGUUCUGUCCUUUUGCAAUUGGUGAAUUGAAAGACUGGUGGCAGCGAGUGCAGUUUCUCCUAACAUUUCUGAAGUUUGCUGUCAUCGAACUGUUACAAGGCCUGGGGUUCCAUUGUGAGGGCGAGACAGCAGUCAAGAUUAUGUCAAGGUUAUGUUCUUAGAUCUGCCAGAAGAUGGCGGCCAUGGACUUGAGACAGCUUUAAGAGGACUUUGGACAUUUACCUGUAGUUACUAGCCAUGUUUUAGGGGCAAGGAGGCAGGGUCUGUUGUCUUCAUGCUUGUUCCCAGAGACAUCUGGCGAACAGGAUGCUGAAAUUCCCGUUCCAGAACAGUAGGAGGGAAAUAGAGGGUUCUGCUGUGAAUAAUGAGAAUUUGUGAGUUUGAAUUAUCUGCUAUGCAUCUGAGAGAUGCAGCAGGCUACAAAUCAGAGGUGGGGGAACCAAUGAUCUUCUGGAUGUUUCUAAACUGUGACUCUAAGCAUCCCUUUGCCACUGGCCAUGCUGGCUGGGGCUUGGGGUCCAACCCCACCUGUAGGGUCACAGGUGAGCCACCACUGCUACAUUUAUUCCCCCGCUAUUUGAGCAAAUAAAAUGCUUUUCCUCCACCACCUUCAGGGUACAUUUCUCACGACGAGUUCCGCCAGACCUUCAAAUUGUUCAGUGCCCAUAUGAAUAUUGAAAUCUCAGACCAGGACGUGACGAACCUGGUCAACAGCAUCGAUUUCAACAAAGAUGGAAACAUAGAUUUCAACGAGUUCAUCGAGGCCUUCCGCAUUGUCCGACAGUCUUCCUCGGAUGACAUUAGCAGCUGGAAUCCCCGUGUCACGGACGCCACCAACCCACAGACAGCAUCUUUGUAGUGGCUUCUCAACCCAGGCUCAUCUUUCAACCUAAGAACAUGCCUCACAACUAAGUGGUAAGACAGUUCCUAGCAACGGCCUCACAACUGAUACAGCCAUUUUCAGAUUUCUUCCGUUGAGCGAGAGGGGAAAACAGGACAUCUGCAUCCCCGUUCCAUCCCAACGACGGCAUCUAAUAUUAGGGAAUUGCUGUAGCUUUUUUUUUUUUUUGCUUUUUUAAAAGCCAUCGGUGAGUCAGUCUUAGCCUGUAUUUGUUUUCUCCAGCCCAGCUUUAAAAUGGAUUGAAUAAAUGUUUAUCACCCUGUGUCUCCCUUGACCCUGACCUCUCUAGGCAGCUUCCAAUCCCCACUCGGCUAUGAAGCAUGGCCUCUCGGCCUGGCCGGGUUGUUGUGGGGUUUCUUCAGAACUGUGUUAUUCCUAUGCAGACUCAUUUUUUGACUAUUUUGUAGUCCUUAUAGGCCACCCUGACAGUUCUUCAAGGCAGGCAGCUGUGUUAAAGGACUGUUUUGUUCCCUUGUCAAAUAGGCUUAUGUUAGAAAGACCUGUUGUGAAUACACUGGGAGUUUGCCAGAUCUUGCCACUUUGGCCCAAAGCGCCACGACUCUAGCAUGGGCAAGAAGCCAGGAUAAAUUUGGCUCUGUAGCUUCCUCACUUCUCUGGGCCUGAUACCCCCGAGUUGCCUUGCUUGCUCCGCUGUCCUGCCCCCGCCGUGCUGUUGCCCUUGUUUGCUCACCUCCUGCAUACGCUUCAAUUUAUAUUUCUUUUUAGAACAUUUGCACAGGACAGCCAUGCAUUCCGCAAAGUACUUGGCAUCAUGAUUCUCCCACAAUGCCUCUGGACUCUUGGAAGGGGCAGGGAAUCUUGCAGAUACUGCAGCAGGUCCUUGCUGGUGUUGACCCCCACAGCUGCCGCAUCUAAAGUGAUUUUUUAAAAGGCAUACCUAAAUUGUUAACCCUUGUUUACAGAAAUGCAUUUGCACAGGAGGCGGAGUACUAGCAGCUGGAUGGAUGUGUUGCUGUUUUUAUUAAAUCGCAACAGCUUCUCCUGCUGCAAUCAUUACUUGCAGUUUUUGCCAAUUGUUUCUCCCCGCUCCAGGCAUCUCAUCCACUGCUAUUUUUGAGGAGGGCUUUGUAGCAGCACUGCCCCCAGACCAGAGUCACGAAGCAAACUCUUGGCUUCGUUUCAGUGUCGGGUCACAUGGGAAAAGUAUACUUACUUUCAGCUCGGGGCUGUAGUUCAGUUUUGAUCUUCAGCACAUAGAAAGUAUAUAAGCAAAAUGAGAGCUAUAGCUUAAACACAGAGAAUUGUAGCGGUGAUGUUAAUGCAAGAGGAGGGAUGCCCUGCUGAGGAAUCAACAAUAGAAAAAUCACACUGUUGAAAUGCUGCUCAGGAAGAAAUUGCAUCCACUGCACGAAUUUGCAAACCUUGUUUUCCAUUACAAACAGCAUACAGCAAGAUAACAAGGGUAAAUAUUUGAUUUUAUUACCUCUUAGAAAGAAGGUUUUGCAUAUUCUGUUGAAUUAAAAUGAUAU